UUUUAUUAUCUUUCCUUUUUUUUCUUUCUUUCCCUCUCUCAACAUCUCUUCCCCUCUUUACUUCCUUCCUCUCUCCCUUUCCUUUUCCCAUCUAUUCUCUCUGACUCUUUUUUUUUUUUGAUUUUCAUGAGUCCAAGAGUCUUUUUUAAGCAGAUGAUUCUGAAAUCUAUAUAUCCAUUCCCAAUUUCUGAUGCUUCAUUUCAGUUCUCUAUCUUCAGGUCCCUCCUGGAUAUCUCAUGUCAUAGGCAUCUGAAACUAGACAUGCUUUCCAUUUCUAACUCCAUUUUAUGCCCGUUUGCUAAACUGCUAAACUUAUGCCUCUUGGAAAGGUUCCUAUUUCUACCUGCUCCCCAAAUCACUAAGGUUCAAACCUUAGAGAAAGAGAAGGCAAAAAGGAUGAGGUUGGGCGCAGAAAGGAAGCAGGUCACAAGAAUGACAAAGAAGGGGAGAGAAGAGAAGGAAGGUGGAGAAAAGUUGGAGGGGGGGGAGGAUCAGGAGGUCGUAAAAGAGGAUGGGAAGAGAAGAGAGGGAAGGAAAAAGAAGAGGAAGGGGGAGGAAAGAAGGGAAGGAGAAAGAUGAAGGGGAGAGGAGAACGAAGAAAGAAAAGGAAUGAGGAGAAAGAAGAAAGGGAAUAAAAUGGAGAGAGGGGAGGGAAGGGUAAAGGAGAGUGAGAAAGGGAAUGAAGAGGGAGGGGAAGGGAAGGCGAGAAAGAGAAUGAGGAAGGAGGGAUGGGAAGGGGAAGAUGAAGAGAAAAAGGGAACGGGGAGGAAAGGAGAGGGGGAAGGAGAUGAGAGGAGAAAGAGGAAGAGGAGGGGAAUAAGGAAGAAGGGGAGGAGAAAGAGGAAGAGCAGGAUGUAAAUAAAGCAGUGAUAGGGCUGUUGCUGGUGGUUCCUGGGGAGAUGACAGCUGGCCCUCCCAAAAUGAGGGAAGGAGCACAUAGCUGUAUGGUCUUCUGGGUAGCCUAGCUCCCAGAGCGUGAGCCCAAAGCUCAGAUCCGGUCGUGAGAGCCACGGCCUCCGCCCCUUCCUCUUCUCCCCUGCUGAGUCUCCCCCUCCCCCCUCUCUUCUGGUCUGACUCCACCGAGAGAUCGAACCGAAGUAAGCCCCAGGAAGGAAGCCGCGGUGGCGACGGCGGAACUACGACAUCAGCAGCCCCUUAGCUUCGGCGAAGGCAAGCCGCGAGCAGGAGCCGGAAGCCGAGCCGGCGAGCCAGACGAGGGCGGGGCCCGGAAUGAGCGAAGCCGCCUCCCGGGCGGGGCGUGUGAGGUGAAAAAGCCGUCCGUCCCCGCCUCGGGACCACUCAGGAGCCGGUGGGCACGAAGAGAGCAACACAAUGUCAGCGCCGGCGGCCAAAGUCAGCAAAAAGGAGCUCACCACCAACCACAAGGAAGCCCUUGAGACCUUGGAAAAAGAGCAACAAGAAGCGGUUGAACGGAUUGAUGAAGUGCAGAAUGAAAUAGACAAACUGAAUGAACAAGCCAGUGCGGAAAUUUUGAAAGUAGAACAAAACUAUAACCAGCUCCGCCAGCCUUUCUUCCAGAAAAGGUCAGAGUGGAUCGCCAAAAUACCGGACUUCUGGGUGACCACCCUUAUCAGCCACCCGCAGCUGUCCUCGCUGCUAGGGGAGGAAGAUGAGGAAGCCCUGCAUCAUUUGACCAGGAUUGAAGUGAUAGAGUUCGAAGACGUGAAAUCGGGUUACAGAAUAGAUUUUUAUUUUGAGGAAAACCCCUACUUUGAAAAUAAAGUGAUCUCCAAAGAAUUUCAUCUUGAUGAAAGUGGAGAUCUGGCUUCAAAGUCAACUGAAAUCCAGUGGAAAUCUGGGAAGGACUUGACCACGCGCCCUUGUCAGAUCCUGAAUAAAGGUGGCCGCAAAAGGCUUCGAGAAGAGCCUGACAGCUUUUUCACUUGGUUCACAGACCAUACUGAUGCAGGGGCAGAUGAGUUAGGGGAGCUCAUCAAAGAUGAUAUCUGGUUAAAUCCCCUACAGUACUACCUGGUAUCGGAUAUUGAUCAUGAAGAAGGGGAAGGAGAAGGAAAUGGUGAUGAGAUAGUAGGUUUGGAGGACAGUGAUGGGGAUGAAGAGGACAGCGAAGAAGAUGAAGAAGAUGAUGAUGAUGAGGAAGGUUUUCAACUGGAGACUGUCAUUUUUGAAAGGGCACCCUCCCUGGAACAAGGGUUCACCUCCAGCACCAAUCAAAAUUUUGGUUCCAUGACUGGGAUGUUCCUGAGACGACUUCUCCUCAGGUCUUUAUAGAAGUUGGCAGGGACUUCUGAAGCAUCUCUCCAAGCAGUUUAGGAAGCAAUUUCCUGAGGGGACCUAUUCCUGUCAGAAGAUUUCUGAAGAUGGACCUUGUUGGAUAUGGGGAUAAGUCACCCAAAUGCAGGAGAGUCUAAUGCUUAAUCUUAUCUUAAAGUUAUUUUAUCUUAAUCUUAAUGUUAUCAAUUGCUAUUGUGCUAGUUUUCUUGGUUUAUAUCUGUUGCUCCAGUCUUUGACCCAGCCCUGGCUUUUACACUUCUGCCUUAGGGACUGACCUCUCCAUCUCUCCAUCUCUCCAUCUUUCCCUCCCUCCCUCCCUCUCACCCUUCCUUCCUCCCUCCCUUCUCUCUCUCUCUCUCUCUCUCUCUCUCUCUCUCUCUCUCUCUCUCUCUCUCUCUCUCUCUCUCUCUCUCUCUCUCUCUUUUCUUUUCCUUAUCUCUGAUUCCUCCUGUUGUUACCUGUUCCUUUGAUUCUUCACUACUGACUAGAUGGCCACCCCCUUCCCCACACUCUGGGCCUUGUGCUAUGUACUCUCAGCUUCCUGGACAGAGAAUUCUUUAAUUCUGCUUGGGGAGGUGGUAGCCAAAGCAGGUCCUUCUGAGUAUUGAGUAUGCAAGAGACACCCACAGAGUGAAGAGAAUUCUGGGCCUCUGGCCCAUGGUCUCUAUGCCUCAAAGUCCCAUCCAAUGCCUGAACUUUCCAGGAAAUAUGCAUCCAUCCACUCCUGUCCUGGCUACUUGCCUUGUGGGACACUUUAGAGAAUGUCCCUUGCUUUCUCACAGGACAACCUUUCACUAACACUGACUACAAACAGGUCCAGUACACUGGGGCAAUGCUCAUUGAGGAUGGAUGGGUUGACUAUACAACCCCUUCCAAUAUAGGUGCUUUGAUGAGGGUUGGAACAAUGACUCUUCCCUUUAAUAUAACUCACACAUUAAAUAGAAAUUGUGCUGAGAAUUCUGCCAUUUUCAGUAAUGGAAGUACUGCGUACUCCUCCAUUUGAACAUACUGGUAUCCCAAUUUUACCAUCCAAAACUUGGGGAAUAGUUUUAAGAACUUUUCUAGCCUGACAACCCCUCCCAGACCCCCAGACUCAUGGUCUAUACUAGACACUCUAACCCAGGCUGACCUUAAACUGGGGAGGCUUGCACCCUGCAGUGAUUACAUGAGGUGUCCCCUUGGACUGCAGAUACCCUGAGCCAUUUAUUCUCUGGUUCCUCCUCCUCCUCCUGGACUUCAUGGUUAUAUGCCUUGCUUGUCCCCCCUUUCAUUCCUAUCAUCCUGAUAGUCGCAGGUAUCCUGAUAUGUGGCCCUUGUGUCUGUAACACUGUCACUUGUCUAGUUGCUCCUAGGGUAAAGGAAGCCACCAUGAUGCCACUGCAACCCUUAUGAUCUCUGCAACCUGGACUUCUGGACAACGAACACUGCAACUUUUCUCCCUCUCUCCUUAGGAGGAAGGGCCAGCUCUACAUCCCUUGUCAGCCUUGAAGAAGUUACAGAAGACUGACCAUCAUCCUCUUUCCCUUAGAAAUUCAAGAGGGGGAAGAUGUGGUAGGCACCAGGGUCUCCCAAUAUAUUCCAAAUUUCUAGAGACAUCACAGGUCAAAGAUUACAUGAGGAAUUCACCUGGCAGGGCUGGAAACAGAACAAACAUGGGAUCCUCUACCUCUAAACUUUGGAUGUAUUUACACUAGCCUUAAGAUAAGAGUCUGAGCAUGGGGAGAUACCUCGUGUUUAUAUCUCAAACAUGUUAGGUUCCUCCAGAUACUUUACCCACUGUUAUGAUCCCUACCUCUCAAACAUCACUUAUGAUCCCAAACAUCCCUAGGUUUCUCAAGAUGGGUAACAUGAUCAGGAUGCCAUAAAGGAUGUGUACUUAUACUAUGCUCCCAGACCUACCUGUAUGAUCACAAUGUCAUAAAUGUUUAACUUAUUCUGUUAACUUAUUCUCCCUUGUUUGCCCUACUUGUUUGUUUUCAUUGUCCAUCCUCCUCCCCAUCCUUCCCUUCCAAGUCACUUAGACCCCAUCACUUUAGGAUAUAAAAAUCCUAAACUUUUCUCUGUUCAGGGAGGUAGGUGGUCCUGCAUACUACCUCCCUACCAUUCAACUUAAAUAAAUCUCUCUCUCUUUAAAGGUU